AGCCUCACCAGCUUCACUAUCCAGAUCCUUCAUUUUCGUCACGUUUGCCGCGCAAUUUGACGUCUUUUCGACGUCGUUCCUUCAAGAGAAUGUCGUCCAAGCACUUUUUGGACGACACCUCAUUGUCGCAGUUGAAUAACCUGCACAGAACACCCCAAGCCACGUCAACGGUGAUGGAGGAUCGAACGAGGUCCUGGCUGAAUGCGCAGCCGGUGCCCAUGCAGGGCAGGCCCUCGUGCAACUCCUCCCUGGGGAUCCUGUCGGACACCGUCUUCUCAGACAACACCCUGGACACCAGCCUCCUCAGCCCUGUUGGCCAUGCGCAGAAGAUGGCUGUGGACAAGCAGGUUGAGGCUGAGCUUUCCACGAUGCUUGAAGAAAGCAAGCAGCGCCUGGCAGCUGUCAUCAGAUGCUCUCGGACGUCUGAACGGAAGCUGGUGCUGAAAAAAGCUCACAUCUCUUUACACACAAAUUUCAUGUAA